ACACUAAAACAAUCAGAUAUUUCGAUAGUUUGAGUCCAUAUUCUAAACUACUGAAAAACGCUAUGCAAAAUCUCGAUGCCAAAUACAUGCUCUAUAACUUGAAAAUCGAAUUCUCAAGUUUAAGUCAACAUAUACGUGAAUACAGACAAAAAUAUGAAGAACAUAUUAAGCAAAAUCAACUUAUAAUGGAAGAGCUUUUAAAUGUAUACUUUAUUAUACAAAUUGAAUGCGCAUUAGAGGAAAUUUUUGAUCAAAUACAUUACAAAAUCGCAUUUUUCGAUCCGCAUACAAAAAAAGCGUUAGAUGAAGAUGAAAUGGAUAAAGUCGAUUUGAAAAUUUAUUUGGAAUAUUUAGAAUUGUGUGAAAAAACACCAAACACACCUACUAAUGUUGAUGAACUUGAAAGAUACAAUAUAUUAUCAUUACAUA